UGCUCCUUACGUGCAUGCUUCUAACAUGCCUGACCAUCGUCGGGAUAACAAAUACAGCGAGAAACGUCCAGCCUCGGUACACUGAAAAUCAGCCCAGCUCUGUGAUACAAAUUACUAAAAAGGAUUACCCUGUACAGAACCAGAAGUCUCAACUGGUGUCAACCACUGUGUCAUUCUUUUCACGUAUCACUUACUUAUCAAACCCUUCCACAAUUUGUGAUUCUUUUAAAUCACACACCGGAACAAAAAUCCUGGUGUUGGUGAAGUCUUCUCCAGAAAAUUUCCAUCUACGGAAAUGGAUUCGCUACAAAACCAAAAGUAACAAGGAUUUAAAAGACUCUGUUAAAACGGUUUUUCUACUAGGGAAAUCUGACAAAAGGGAUGAGGAUAUACUCAAAGAAAGUAAAAGGAACGGAGAUAUUAUUCAAGGAAGUUUUAUUGAUGCUUACAGAAAUCUUACUUACAAAACAGCAAUGGGAUACAUAUGGUUAAGGGAGCACUGCGCAGAUUCCGAAUUUGUUGUGUUUAAAGAUGACGACUUUAGAAUUAAUUUUGUCAACCUCAUAAAGCAAAUCAAGGGACAUAAAAACCCACAUUCCAUGUUUAUGGGCCAUCUCGUAAAUAACGGUAGCAUUAUUUACCGUAAUCCGAACCAUAAAUGGUACCUAUCCAAAACAGACUAUCCUAAAAGUGUUCUUCCACCAUACUUCCCAGGUGGCGCUUAUUUGGUGAGCACAAGUAUCGCUAGAAAAUUGUCGUCAAAUUUUCAUCUAGUAAAAUGGAUACCAAUAGAUGAUGUAUAUAUUGGACUUGUUGCACAAAAAGUGGGUGUUGAUCUAACUCAUUCAAAGUUAUUUGAAUUUGGAAACUGUGAUAGGUUUUCGACAAGUAUGGCGUGUCAAGAGUUUUCAAGACCCCACGAGGUGCUGGAAGUAUGGCGAGCCGUGACUGUCGACGGUCAUCAACAAACAAGGACUUGAACCUAUCUUAAAAAUCGUGUCAUCCCAAUUCCAAAACCAUUGAAAAUAUUAGUUUGAUAUCAGUGCAAUGUAUUUUAUCUACAGAUGAACAGACACUAAGCAGUAUAUUUUGUACAAUCUCUACUUAAGCGAUCUACUCCAGGGCUACAGAGCUACGGACCUAGGUCUUAAAGGGACUGGUUCACGAUUUUUGAACAAAAUAUUUUUCAUUUUUGAUGUUGGAUAUUAAAAGUAUAACUCAUUUAAUGUUGACAACAAAAUUUUUGACCUUCUGAAUGCAAGAAUAAAGGCUAUAUUUUAGCCUUAAAUAUGUGUUAUGUAAACAAAGACUCGAGUCUUUUUAUGUAAACAAACAAACAAGUGAAAUAUUAAUUUCGUAAUAUAAAGCAUCUUAAUUUUGCAUAAUCGCACAUUUUAACUUUUAGCGGACACAUUUUACCCGAAGAAUGCUUGAAAUGUGAAAGUUAUAAUAAACUUAGAUCGAUAUUCAUUUCUUUUGAAAAUUUCGUAAACAAUAACAUACCGCAAUCUUUGUUUACAAAACAAAUAAUGAACUCUUUAAAAUGAGCUUCUGUGAUAAUGUAUAACCUUAUUUUUUAUGUGAAUUUUUUAAAACAUAUUAGACAGUAGAUUUUGAUCAUUAAAAGUGAAAAAUAAAAUUUUGGGGAAAAUCGUGAAUCAGAUAUAUUGUGUACUGGUGAAUGACACAAACGUUAAUAAACAAAGAGAAAUUAGCACGAAAGGGAAAUAAACUGUGAUUUUUAUUUCCUCUGUUUAUCAUAAAAACUUAUAUCACAAUAGGUUUAUAACAAUGUAACAAACCUUGCUGAUUUAUGUACAUUAUGUAAGAAAUCAUGAUGAAAGUAUGCUUAAUUAAUACGCAACUUCCGACAUAUGAACUCUUCUGUGAUGGAGAUACAUUCAGUACUUUAUUGAACGCUGGGUAUAGGGAUUUGAUUAUACAUUUAUUAUAGACUGGUUGUUCAGAUAAACUGAUAAUACCAAUACGAAG